CACAGAGUCGUUGGACCGGACCGCACCAAAACCAUAAUAAAGGUCUUCGACGAAACCGCUUACACAUCUGCUGGACGAAGACCAACCAGAAACAUUUUAAAUUUCUUUCUCUUGCCAUUUCGUGUCAGUUAUUACUUGCUCCUCCUCCCCUCCAGAGGAGGGAGCAGCAGAUUCGGUGGGAGAUUCGAGCAGAAUUUUGCUGAAACUCCUAUCUUUCUUGCCCCUGCAAACUACCCAGCCGCAGGUUGCUAAGUCCCCUCGAUUUCUCCAAGCUUUUUAAUUCCGUCCUCUGUUUUGGUUCCUCGCCCACUCAUAGGGACGCAGGUUGGUGCGGUGCGGAUCUUUGGCGCCGGUUCCUGGUUCUAAGUUCGAUUGGGGCACAAAUUUGAGAUGUUCCUCAAGUGAUAAAGUACACUAAAUGGUUGCAGGAGCAUGAAUCACUGACUUGCGAAGCAGUACCUUUAUGGGAAAAGAAAAACUCCGUAAGCAGCCCUCUGGCCGUCUGAUUGAAUCUCUCAAAAUGGAGAGGAUGAGGAACAUCCUGACUCAUAGAUAUCCAUACCCGCAUGAACACUCAAGACAUUUUAUCAUUGCUGUGUUUGCUUGUUGGCUUUUCUUCAUUUCCUCGGAUAACCUGCAAAACCUUAUAAUGAAGUUGGACAAGAAUUUUAAGUGGUGGUCCAUGUAUGCUUGUUUGAUUGGCUUCUUCUAUUUCUUCUCAUCGCCUUUCAUUAGGAAGACCAUCAAACCAAACUAUUCAAACUUCAACCGAUGGUAUAUUGCAUGGAUAUUCUUGGCAGCACUAUACCAUCUGCCCAGUUUUCAGUCAAUGGGCUUGGAUUUGCGGAUGAAUCUUUCCCUCUUCCUCACCAUUUUUAUUUCUUCUCUAAUUUUCUUGAUGGUCUUCCAUAUCAUAUUUCUUGGCCUUUGGUAUUUGGGUCUUGUUUCUCGUAUGGCAGAGAAAAAACCAGAGAUUCUUACUAUAAUACAAAACUGUGCAGUUAUAAGCAUAGCUUGCUGUGUGUUUUACAGCCACUGUGGUAACAGGACUGUUUCAAGAGAUAAAUCUAUUGAUCGUAGAACUGCUAGCUGGAUUGUAUUCUCACUUUGGACAAAGCAUGAUGACAACACACUGAUUUCAAGGCUAUUACGUAUGCAUAAAUUUAAAGAACAGAUUUGCUCCUCCUGGUUUGCUCCAGUUGGUUCUGCUAGUGAUUACCCCCUUCUCUCUAAAUGGGCCAUUUAUGGAGAACUGUCUUCAAAUGGAUCAGGUUCCUCCAAUGAAAUUUCACCAGUCUACUCUUUGUGGGCUACAUUCAUGGGUCUUUACAUUGCCAAUUAUGUUGUAGAACGUUCAACGGGAUGGGCUUUAACUCAUCCUUUGACAAUUUCGGAGUAUGAGAAAUUGAAGAAACAGUUGAAGCCAGAUUUUGAGGACAUGGUUCCUUGGUACUCUGGGACAUCAACUGAUUUAUUUAAAACUGUCUUCGACCUCAUGAUAUCUGUGACUCUCUUUGUUGGUCGAUUUGACAUGCGUAUGAUGCAGGCUGCUAUGAAUAAAACUCCUGAUGAAGCUAACAGCCACGACCUUUUGUAUGAUCAUCUUGAUGGAAAAGAUGAGCUUUGGUUUGACUUCAUUGCAGAUACUGGUGAUGGUGGCAACUCUACAUAUUCUGUAGCACGAUUACUUGCUCAACCCUCGUUAGUUAUAAAAUCUGAUGAUUCAAGGAUAACAUUUCCCCGUGGACAACUGCUACUCAUUGGUGGAGACCUUGCGUAUCCCAAUCCAUCCUCAUUUUCGUAUGAACGACGUUUUUUCUGUUCUUUUGAGUAUGCUCUCCAGCCUCCUGCUUGGUAUAAGCCUGAACAUAUAGCACUGGAGAAGCCUGAACUUCCCCUUGGGGUUUCUGAGCUCAGGCGGUACAGAGGACCACAGUGUUUCAUGAUUCCCGGAAACCAUGAUUGGUUCGAUGGAUUGAACACAUUCAUAAGGUAUAUCUGUCAUAAGAGUUGGUUGGGUGGGUGGUUCCUACCUCAGAAGAAGAGUUAUUUUGCAUUGAAGCUUCCCAAUGGAUGGUGGGUUUUUGGUCUUGACCAAGCUCUUCAUGGAGACAUUGAUGUCUACCAGUUCAAGUUUUUUGCUGAGUUGUGUCAACAGAAGGUUGGAGAAACUGAUUCCAUAAUUAUUAUAACUCAUGAACCAAACUGGCUCCUUGAUUGGUACUGGGGUGAUAGCACUGGCACAAAUGUUGCAUAUUUGAUACGGGAGUACCUCAGGGGAAGAUGCAAACUGCGGAUGGCUGGGGACCUGCACCAUUAUAUGCGACAUUCUUGCAUUGAGUCAAAAGAACCAGUUCAUGUACAGCACUUACUUGUAAAUGGCUGUGGUGGGGCCUUUUUGCAUCCAACACAUGUCUUUGAGAACUUCAGGGUAUUUUAUGGGAACAAGUAUGAAACAAAAUCCACAUAUCCUUCUUACACUGACUCUAGCAAGAUUGCACUUGGUAAUAUUUUGAAGUUCCGAAGGAAAAAUUGGCAAUUUGAUGUAAUUGGUGGUUUUGUGUACUUCGUCUUGGUUUUCUCAAUGUUUCCACAGUGUGACUCAUUUCGCAUCUUACAUGAAGACUCCUGGGCUGGUCGUAUCAAUGGUUUCUUCAGUGCAAUGUGGAAUGCUAUUUUUGAGAUUCUAGAGCGAUCCUAUGUGUCUCUAGGCGGUGUUGUUACUCUAUUGAUGGUAUCAUUUUUCUUUGUACCCACAAAACUGUCGCGUAGGAGGCGCGUAUUGCUUGGUUUUCUUCAUGCUGCUGCUCAUCUUACUUCAGCAGUGCUACUGAUGCUACUUAUGGAAUUAGCUAUUGAAAUCUGCAUUCGCAACCAUCUAUUAGCAACAUCAGGUUACCAUACCCUUUAUGAAUGGUACCGAAAAGUGGAAAGCGAACAUUUUCCUGAUCCCACGGGACUUCGCACUCGUCUCGAGCAUUGGACCUUUGGUCUUUACCCUGCAUGUAUUAAGUACCUCAUGUCUGCAUUCGACAUCCCAGAGGUUAUGGCAGUAACUAGAAGUACAAUCUGCAGAAAAGGAAUAGAGUCCCUUCCCCGGGGAGGUGCCAUCAUCUAUUACGUCUGUGUUUUCCUGUACUUCUGGGUCUUGUCAACACCUGUCGUAUCGCUGGUGUUUGGGAGCUACUUAUAUUUAUGCAUAAACUGGUUCCAUAUCCAUUUCGAUGAGGCCUUCUCCUCGCUGCGCAUAGCAAAUUAUAAGGCAUUCACACGGUUCCACAUCAAGAAAAAUGGAGAUCUUGAGGUCUUCACGCUGGCUGUGGACAAGGUGCCAAAGGAUUGGAUGCUGGAUCCAGACUGGGACAUGGAACCCAAGCAGCCAUUCCAGAUGAGCUACACCAGGAAGUUCCCAAGCAAAUGGAGGGCCGCCUCAGGCCUGGACCCAAUCAAUGCGGUGCGCAUUGUUGACAGGUUUGUCAUCCCACGAACGCCUUCAAGUCCACGAACGCCCUCAAGUCCUAAAACGCCAGGAGGUUCUGUAAGAUGAUGCUCAUGUUGUGAAAUGUUAAUGUAAUGUACAUAAAGUUAUCUUCGACGCGGGAGAAAUUGUAUAGUAACACAAGGCCCUCUGACAUAGCACAGGAGAAAUAGAUAGAACAAAAAACAGAGGGCAAAGCUCGACGAGAUGAGCUCCAAAUGUUGUACAUCUGUUGUUAUCUCAGUUGCCCUGGUCAGGUGUAGUGAUAAGUUUUUCAAGCUUAAUGGCCGUGUCCCGUGCUCACUGCUCAGGUGUCUGGCCGUGUUUUUUUUUUCUUUUUUUUUUUUGGGAAGAUCUGGUUACCCGAUUUAUCAUUAAUAAGAAGAGCAGUUACAACGUUUGGUUA